CGGCUUUUUUGCGCCGCCAGAAAUUGACCUUGACGUUGUGACUUCAAGAUAAUUCCCAACCCGACAACCUUCACGACAUUAACAGACAGUCAAAAUGGGCCGCGGACCAAAGAAGCACCAGAAGCGCUUGAGCGCCCCCUCGCACUGGCUGCUUGACAAGCUGUCCGGUGUCUACGCCCCCAAGCCCUCUGCCGGUCCCCACAAGCAGCGAGAGUGCCUUCCUCUCAUCAUCUUCCUGCGCAACCGCCUGAAGUAUGCGCUCAACUAUCGCGAGACCAAGUCGAUCCUGAUGCAACGCCUCAUCAAGGUUGACGGCAAGGUCCGCACCGACAUGACCUUCCCCGCCGGCUUCAUGGACGUCAUCACCAUCGAGAAGACUGGCGAGCACUUCCGCCUCAUCUACGACACCAAGGGCCGCUUCACCGUCCACCGCAUUCAGGCCGAGGAGGCUGAGUACAAGCUGGGCAAGGUCAAGAGAGUGCAGCUUGGCAAGGGCGGAAUCCCAUUCUUGGUCACGCACGAUGCGAGGACCAUUCGCUACCCUGACCCUCUGAUCAAGGUCAACGAUACUGUUAAGAUCGAGGUCGCCACUGGCAAAAUCACCGACUACGUCAAGUUUGACACUGGUGUUAUCGCCAUGGUGACCGGUGGCCGUAACAUGGGUCGUGUUGGUGUCAUCACUCACCGUGAGCGCCACGAUGGUGGUUUCAACAUCGUCCACAUCAAGGACGCCAUUGACAACACCUUCGCCACCCGUGAGAGCAACGUCUUUGUCAUCGGCUCUGAGAAGCCUUGGAUCUCCCUACCCAAGGGCAAGGGCGUUAAGCUUACUAUUGCUGAGGAGCGUGACCGCCGCCGUGCCCACACCCUGGCCGGCCACUAAGCGCUAUGGACUGGAAUAAAAAAGGGAUUUGGCAAUGGUUCGUUUUACGCAUGGGGCUGGAGUCAAGGCUGAUACUUAGUUUGUGCGUGCCAUGAGAUAGCUCUAGGGUAAUGAGAAAGCUCAAUGAGAAGCAACUGACAAUGACAAUGACCUCCAUUCAGCCCCAACAUGCCUCGCAUCUGCGAAGUUAGCUUCAGGAAUUAUUUUUAUCGAGCUUGCGGUGCGCCGGGGAACAUGUAAUCGAUCUAUCCUGCUCAGCGGCAAGGUACACAUUGUGAAGGCUAACUUCCAAGCGGUGAGCUGCCCUUGCGCGUUUCAACUCACGCCGGGUUGCAUGCACUGCAGUUACAGCUUUUUCUAGAACACCC